GCCGGGCUCGGGAUUCGCUGCCCGGGAGCAGGAGGCGGUGUGCGGGGAAUGUCACUCUGCGGCUGCGGCUGUACGUUAGAUCCCCGCACUGGAUGCGGCCCCGCAGGUCCCCGCUGACAGGAUGAGGACGCCCCGUUAUGUGGCGCUGUGAUUCCACCGUGUGACUCACCGACACCGGCUGCAGCCCGGGGCCUCCUCCCCACAAGAUGUCAGCCAGGACGCCAUUGCCGACCGUCAACGAGCGGGACACCGAGAAUCACACAUCAGUGGACGGCUACCCAGAGCCACACAUUCCUCCUACUAAAUCAAGCAGCAGACAGAGUCUCCCACGAUGCCGCAAUUCCAUUGCCUCCACCACUGACGAGCAGCCGCACAUUGGAAACUACCGCCUGCUGAAGACAAUUGGUAAAGGGAACUUCGCCAAGGUGAAACUGGCCAGACAUGUCCUCACGGGGAGAGAGUUGUUUCGGGAAGUCAGAAUAAUGAAGAUCUUAAGUCACCCAAAUAUUGUAAAACUGUUUGAAGUCAUUGAAACUGAGAAGACCUUAUACUUGAUAAUGGAGUAUGCUAGUGGAGGAGAAGUGUUUGAUUAUUUAGUGGCCCACGGAAGGAUGAAAGAAAAGGAGGCCCGGGCGAAAUUUAGGCAGAUCGUGUCGGCAGUGCAGUAUUGUCAUCAGAAGUGUAUCGUGCAUCGAGAUUUAAAGGCGGAAAACCUUCUUCUCGAUGCCGACAUGAAUAUUAAAAUAGCAGAUUUUGGAUUCAGCAAUGAAUUUACCAUUGGCAACAAGCUGGAUACGUUUUGUGGUAGCCCACCAUAUGCCGCCCCGGAGCUCUUCCAGGGGAAGAAGUAUGAUGGUCCGGAGGUGGACGUGUGGAGUCUCGGAGUCAUCCUCUAUACUUUAGUGAGCGGGUCAUUACCCUUCGAUGGACAGAAUUUAAAGGAAUUGCGGGAGCGAGUUUUACGAGGAAAGUAUCGUAUACCUUUCUAUAUGUCCACAGACUGUGAAAACCUGCUAAAAAAGCUGCUUGUGCUGACAGACUGUGAAAACCUGCUAAAAAAGCUGCUUGUGCUGAACCCAGUGAAACGCGGCAGCUUAGACCAAAUCAUGAAAGAUCGGUGGAUGAAUGUUGGCUAUGAAGACGAUGAGCUAAAGCCGUACACUGAGCCUGAGCCAGAUAACAGUGAUACGAAGAGGAUAGAUAUUAUGGUCACAAUGGGAUUUUCAAGAGAAGAAAUUAGUGACGCUGUAAGUAACCAGAAAUAUGACGAAGUGAUGGCCACUUACCUACUUCUGGGUAGAAAGCCGCCUGAGAAUAGCCUGUUUCCUGGCAGUGGGAUGACGAGAAGAAACACAUACGUAUGUGAACGCACUACUGAUAGACUCAAUGCUGUACAGAAUGGAAAAGACAGCAGCUUAACAGAGAUGUCUGCAGGUUCUGCGGUCCCAAGCACACGCCCUCGUCACCAGAAGUCCAUGUCCGCAUCAGGACAUCCAAUUAAAGUCACCUUGCCUACUAUCAAAGAUGGUACUGAAGGGUUCCGCCCGAGCAGCGCGAACCAGAGAGUACCGGCCACCUCCCCCUCCGCUCACAGUAUUAGUACUACUACCCCAGACCGCACUCGCUUCCCUCGCGGAAGUACCAGCCGAAGCACUUUCCACGGAGAGCAGCUCAGGGAUCGGCGCACAGCUACUUAUAAUGGACCACCCGCAUCUCCUGCCCACGAGUCCAGUCAGUUCUCUCAUAGUAGGAGAGGAACCUCCACUGGUAUUAUCAGCAAGAUUACCUCCAAGUUUGUACGAAGGGAUCCAAGUGAAGGUGAAGCAAGUGUCAGAACAGAGACCUCAAGGAGCACAUCUGGAGAACCGAAAGAGAGGGAAAGAGAAGACACAAAAGAUUCAAAGCCCCGUUCACUCCGCUUUACGUGGAGCAUGAAGACCACUAGUUCUAUGGACCCCAACGAUAUGAUGAAAGAGAUUCGUAAAGUCCUGGACACCAACAACUGCGAUUAUGAGCAGAAAGAGCGGUUCCUGCUCUUCUGCGUACAUGGGGAUGCGCGACAGGACAGUCUUGUACAGUGGGAAAUGGAAGUGUGCAAACUGCCUCGUCUGUCCCUUAAUGGGGUACGCUUCAAGAGAAUAUCUGGGACCUCCAUCGCCUUCAAAAACAUUGCGUCCAAGAUUGCGAAUGAACUCAAACUGUGACCUCAACAAGUUGGAGAAUGUUCCACAUGACAUUCAGUGUCGGAAUGUGCUGCGGAGCCUGUCGCUGCCAGGAUGUAGCCUGUAAUGGGCACGCACGUCUUGCCCGCAAUCCAGCGUACAUUGUACCGUACGCAGCGAGUCCUAUGGAACAUUCACGUCUCAGUCUAUGUGGAUAGAAUUGUACAAUAGAGAAGCAGAUCUUGUAUAGCUGGGUUUAGUUACUGUACAGAGGUCUGUGUUCCGUGUUUUGUUGCAAUGAUCACAUUUGUCCUCAUGGUUUUAUUUUUUCUGCAAAACACAUCAGAACGUUUUUCUUUCUGUAGAGCGGAUUAUUCAUCAUGGCGGCAGUAUGUUCCGUCCUGGUGGUGGCUGUUCCAGUAACCGUUCUAUUAGCAGCACUGACUGCAAUAAAGAUCAAUGGGGCAUUAGAUGACACCCCAGUAACCCCCAAAUGUUCCGGCAGCUUUACAGGGGAGAUGUUUACAGUGUUGAAAUGAGUAUAUUUAAUACACAGAACAUGAAUGGCGUUGUGCCAGCUAGGCUCUGGAACCGGGAGCUCCUUGCGCUCCCAGGGUGAUGUUCUAGGAUGGAGGGUGUAACUGUGGUUUUCCUUAUGAGAACAUCACAUAUUGAAUUCUAACUUUCAGUUGUCUAAAACUUACAGCCAGUUUCAUUUGUUGCAGAGAUCGCUGCAUUGUAUAUUACACUUUUUAGAGAUCUCCAGAACAUUUACCUGUCUCUGGAGGAGUUUCCGAUAGCGGCUCGAUGUGCCGUUCUGGAGGCCAGAACCAUUGCACCCCGUAGACGUGCUCAGAGAAUGCAGCCAUAGGCUGGAUGUCCGGCACCUCAUCGACGCUUAUUGAAUCCUGUUGCAAUGUAUUUCUUACUUAGAAAACAGGAAUUAAAUGUUUCGGCAUCUUAAUUCCUGAACUCCUACGUUUCCGGCCAGUAGCCUCUAGAAAUCUGUUCCUGGUCAUCGCACCACUGGUGAGAUUAUGGAUAUGAGCGAUGGUGGCUGGUGCCCUUGGAGUAAUGCCAUGUAACCCCUGCACGGACUGUAUCUCCCCUUUAUCCCCUAACAUUUACUGACCUGCUAGAAUAUCUGUUAUAAGGUGAAUAAAUGGGCGAUGCUGGGAGAGCACCGACAAGUGCCACGCCUCAAACAACAUCAUACAAUUGUGCAUACACCUAUAUAACAGUAAUAGAUUCAGCAGCCCAGGGGCUCUGAGGAUGUGCAUACACCUAUAUAACAGUAAUAGAUUCAGCAGCCCAGGGGCUCUGAGGAUGUGCAUACACCUAUAUAACAGUAAUAGAUUCAGCAGCCCAGGGGCUCUGAGGAUGUGCGGACACCUCAUCGCUUGCAGUUUCUAAUGCUAAAAUGCUGCUGCACAAGCAGGAGAGUAGAUGAAUUACUUGGCGUAUAUUACACUGUUACCUAGAGUGUGAGAUUGUUGGUGUUCAGGGUGUGACAUUUACACCGGGUGUAGUUGGUGAUAUGAAUUCUCCUAAUUCCUGCCGUGUAAGAUGAUGAUGGACUGAGCCCUCCUUGAAUGAUUUGCCUGGUAUUAUAGACAAGAUGUCUCCCUAGCAACACUGGGUCCUUUUACUUAAUGAUUGCAGGGUAGAGUAAAAGUAGUAUCAAAUAAACCACAUAAAAAUGAGAUGAGUAAUACGGGUCUCUCUGUGCCCCCGGCCUUAGGGGCCUAUGGGGGAGUGGAUUUUUGCAUAGCAAGGCUGCGAUCGCUUGUGCAGCCGAGCUAUGCAAAAACAUUUUGUACAGUUUCUAAGUAGGUCUGGACUUACCCACUGCGAUGACGUCAGUGUCACACGCCCCGGAAUUGAAGUCAGACAUCCGCCCACCAAACGCCGGGACACGCCUGCGUUUGGAUCUCCACUCCCCAAAAACGGUCAGUUGAUGCCCCGAAACGCCUUCCUCCUGUCAAUCACGGUGCGAUCGCGGCAGUGAUCGUUUUCUUCUUUAAUUCAGUCGCUGCCCGGUGUUCCUCAUCGCCGGGCAGCGACGCACCUGCGCAUUUGCGGCCGCUGUGCAUGCGCAUUCCGGACCCAUUCGCACGGCUUCGAAAAAAAGCAACAUGCGAACGGGUCUGAAUGACCCCCUUAGACAAGAGCUUAGGUUGCCUAAUGGAUGGCUCAGCUCUGCGUGGCUUGCACACCGUGGAGACAUAACGUUCAUUAUAGCAAUUCAUUAGGGACGGGUGAGCUCGCUGAAGAUGUCUCAGUUCUGUGACCGGUUUCUAGGAUGUAUUGUUAUGAUUGUUUGUGGGGGAUCUGUACCCCAAUACCCAGCAAGCUAAAACACUAAUUGUUGCCUCUGUAUUGUAAAUGACACGUCUGGUCGCCAUUCAGCCAAGUCCUGGCCUAGGCACACCAUAGAGGAAGGAAUAGUGGUGUUUCCCAUAGCAACUAAUCAGACCGUUACUUUUCUACUAUAGUUUACAAAAUGAAAGCCAAUUUAUUAUUGGUUCUUGCUUCACGUUCUGAGUACGGAGUCUUAGUGAGGCGUCUGCAGAAGUUGCCGCAUUUGAGCUCAGAACCUGAUACUGAUAAGACAUACACGACGCAUUGCGUUCAGAAACUGUAAGGAAUGUGUAUGGACACCCGGCGUUAGCGACAAGCGGGUGUGGAAAUGCUGCCUCAGCAGUGGUAGUAAUAAGUAUUCAUGGUAUUAUUAUUAAACAUAACCUUGUAUUUGGGCGUAAUAAAUGGUCCUAUUAUUAUAUCACUCCUACCAAGUAUUCUAAAAUACUUCACACAAAAGAAAUAACAUGAACAGAAACUUUCAUUAGUAGCGCAGUAGUAUUUAGUAGAAGUAAUGCAUUGAAAACAAUAUAUAGCAAUAACAACAGUUAAUGAACACAUAAGAAUCACAUAGAAGUUACUGUUCUAGAGUUCCAGGACAUAUAGGGCGGGAUGUACUAAAGGAAAAAUGUGGUAACCCCCGAAAACGGGGGUUUUACUGUGUUUUCAAAUUUACUAAGACCCUACAGACGGUUUUUCGCCGUGCAGGGUGUCACCAUCUCUGCAGGUGUGCUCAGUCCUACGAGAAGCCGGAUGGAUGUUAUUUCUUAUUAAUAAACAUGGAAGUCGCAUAUUCCAUUUAUAAUUUAAUUCAUUAUAGAUUUAAAAUUGAAAUUAAAUACAAACAUCUAAAAAGGAAAUCUUCCUCAAUUAGUGUAAGUGGAAAUAGAAGUCUGGAACUCAUUUAAAAUGGCCUCAAAGUAAUAAAUGAAAUUGGUAAGCUGGGGGGGGCUCUGUGCCGUCCUGUACGUGCCGGUCCAAACACCCGUGAUGUCAGACCUAGGUGGUGACAGAUAGCGAGUACUGUAUACCACCAGUGAUAGCGGAUAUAGGGGGUUAUCUGCAAUCCGUUCUUUUGCGUGCUGCGGGCCGCCCAUUGUGGUUGCAGCAAUUGUGGACGACCCCUUGCAGCUAGGCUGCGUAUGCAGGAGGUCCACCACCAUUUUUUUGAAUGGAGCGGCUGCGUGUGACAUCACACAGUCUCCCCGAAAACUGCUGCCAGCCCGCCCCCAUUUUCCCCGCUCCGUUGCCGCCUCCUAACCCUGUUAAUCAGGCAGAGGCGUUCCACAUCGCAUUCGGCGGCCGCGCUCAUGGUUAUUAGCGAUGUGACCUGAAUAACCCCCAUUAUAGUCAGUCUGGGUGAUACUAUGGACUGUGACCUAUUACUCUGUGACGUCAUACAAAGCGUCUUCACAAUAUCAUAACGUUUUAUCACUCAGAGAUAAGUGUACAACUACUUACAGAUAUAAUAAGACCUAUAAUCUCUGAACCAACAAAUGGAGUAAAACAUAUAAAAGUCACACAUAUAGCGUAAUAAAAUACUUCCCGUCUCAUUAUAAAAGGAGUCUUGCCUGAGGACGCAGGGCGCCUGCUGGGAGCAGUGUCGUAUCACAGCCACCAUUCAGAAAGGGAGAUUGGUUUUAUUUUCUGAUUUAAGACAUUUUAUAUAUAUAUAAGUGACUACCUAGUUGUAAGCUAUUUUGCUAUGUUGUGUAUGAUUUUGAGACGUUUCAUUUGUCCAGAGUUUAUAUGAUAUUAUUCUUUUACCAGUAGCUCCCGGACUUGAGUGUUGUCAGGUUUGUGAUUGAUUCGUUCAGUCCACUAUCAUUAGUCCUAUACUCCGUUUACCUUUAGUAAAGCUUUCUAUACCGGGACACACAGAAUAAGUUACACGGGUUCUGUGGCUGCUUGAAACCAGAUGAAAUGCAGCCUUGAAGUCAGCUAGCCACAGAACCUGUGUAAUUCAUGAGGUCCAGGUUUAGGGAUAGUACUGGGAAUACGUUCCUUUUAAUAAGGUUUAUUACAGGGUAGAUAUAACAUGGUUGACCCCGCAGGGAUGACUGUACAUGGUGAAAGAUAGCCGUCUCUCUGCAUAUGAUGCCCGCUCUGUAAGUAAAUGUUACCUUAGUACAUCUGACUUCCAGAGAGGAUCAAUGAAAUGCUUCCCCUGAGGUUUGCAGCCUAAUCUCCAAUAUCUUCUUAUUACUGUUUAUCUGGGUAUUCAGCGCAUUAUAAACGUAUAAAACACGGAGAGGGAGUGGAUAAUACAGGGAAUAUAAUAGCAGGCACCACCCCAGGAGCUUACAGUCCAGUAGUGUCUGUCUUGUGACGCUCUAAUGAUGUUCGUGUUGUUUUAGUGAAUCCUCUUCUGGCAGCUCAGUCUGGUCGGGUGCUCACUUCUACACCAGUCUGUCUCCUCCGCCUCAGGUCCCUCUGAAUGAAUACAUUGAUCCCGUCUCCCAGUACGCGGCCUGUUGGGAACCGAUGAGAUAAGCCGGUUCCAGAGUCUUUUAUAGUACAGGUGAUAUUCACUUUGUUGUGGAGCAUUUUGGGGUAAAGUUUAAGAUGGCGAACCUGGAGGUUUCCGCCGUCUCCACGUCCGUUCUUCAGAUGUAGCAGCGCUAUGUCUGUACAAGUGAUAAUGCCAUUUUUUGGUUAUUUAGCUCUUUAAAUAAUCCUCUUUUAUCCAAUGUGCAGUUUAUGAAUAAAUUAUAAUAUUUAAAGUUUUUCUGUGGAAGCAGCCAUAUUAAACCAAUUAGUUCACUCGUAACCGUGGAUAGUGCGCGCAUGAGCCACAAAGGUACACGCUAAUAUUUAGAAAUGUGGUUUUCAAGGGACCACUGAAGACUUGCUGAGCUUCAGACAGAAUCUGUAUAUCGGCUGCAGUCGCUACAAUCUGUCUCUUCCUGCUUGUUAGAAUACAGAGGGAAUUCUGCAGUGGAAGGGUUAAUUUAUUACCUCUGGGCAGGGCCUGUGAGGAGUCGCACAGAAAGGUCUGGAAUGAGCACAUAUUGAUUUUUCAGUCACAUAUGGUUGUAGAUUAUUGUGUUGAUCACCGCAUCACUAACCUGCCUGACCCCCCCCCCCCCCCCCUGCAUAUUUAUUCCAACUCCUCAUGCUUGUAAUGUGCUGAUUUCUAAUAAAGGCAAUUGCCUGAAAUAUAAAUAUAUAUAAAUAUAUACACUUAUUUUAUUUUUACCUUUUUUUUGGAAUUAGUACAAAAAAAGAAGAAGAAAAAAACCCCUAGCGCUGGUAAAUUUUACUCCCAUGUUAUUUUGUACUGAAGUGACCUGUUAGAGGUUGAUUGUGCAAUGUUAUUUAAUGUUGUAUUGAUUGUAAGCAUCAGCGCGCACUCAUCAGAGAAUGUCACAAGCUGUUUUUUAUUUUCUUUUAUAUUUUCUUUGUUAAAAACACAACAGAAGCUGUGAGCAAUUUAUUGUUUGUUUUUUAUUGCUGUUUUUUGUGUUCGUAGUUGCCGUUAAUUUCUGCGAUGGUUUCCUGACGGAAUGGACAAGUACGGUGUGGCGUAGCUUUAUUUUGUAAUGUUUCCAUCUGAAAUGGAUUUGUAUUGUUGCCUUAGACUCAAAAGGAAAAAAGUGAUUUAAAAACCAAUAAAUACAAUUCUAGGCCCUUU